AGCGUGAGGCAACUGUUUAUUUUAUUAUUUCCAUUGUUAUAAAACAUGAUUGAUGGUAAAACACGUGAAAGUCUGGAUCUAGAUAAUGAUAGUUGUAGUUUUAUAUUAUUAAUAGUAAUAAAAAAUAAACAAUAUAAUUUUAUACAUUUAUAGUAAUAUAAAUAUUUUAAUUAUGUUUCGCUCACGUGUGAUUGUGACAGCCAAUAUUCAGAGCCGCAGGCCGCGUAAUGUGGUUAAAGAUCCAGACACAAGCGUUGGGAAUACGUUGGAAAAAGAAGUAAACAAACAACCGGACAGUGUAAGUGAUAAAUUAAUUAAAUCCGAGGAAGCUAUUCCCAAUAAUGACAGUGAUAAAAAAAUAUCUGGUGAAACUGAUAAAGAAUCAGCCGAGAAAAGUGAUACUGUCAAUAAUUUAGAUAAAAAAAUAGAUUCUGAUAUUCCUGUACCUGUUAAUGAAGCUGUGUCGGAUGCUCCUGUUCCUGAAUCAGCUGUUGAGCCUACCAACGGUGCUGUUACUGAUGGCAAUGUCACUACUGACGUUUCUGAUGCAGAAGCCAGCUCCAGUGAGCAGAAAAAAACCAUUUCUUCAACAGCGAAGACAUUAUUACCACGGUCAUGUUUCAUGAGACCCGUACCGAGGCUAGACGCUCGUCCUAGAGUGAGAAGAAACAGCGUUCAAGGAAGCGGCGCCAGUGCCAGUGAAUCUGAAGAUGACAGCCGCAGAAUUAUUUCUGUGCCGAUCACCAAUUCUAACAGAACUGCUCCAGAAAACUCGGACAAUCAGGGUAGCCUCAGUAUUAGUUUUAGUGCUAAUAAUAAUAGUACCAGUGGUCCUAAUAAUAAUAAUAGUAGUAGUAAUGUUAAUUAUAAUAACAAUAAUAACAGUAAUACUGAUAAUGAAUCGUCGACUGCUGGGACCAAGAGUAAUGUCAAGCAGAAAAAAAAGUUUGUUAUUUCAGAGUCCACGAGAAAGCUGGCGGAAAAGAAGAGAAGUUUUCGGUUGGAGCACAAAGAUGGCAAACCAGAUCGCUCUAAAUUGACAAUGUAUGAUUUGAUUCAUUACAAUCCUUCGACCAAUCCGAUGACGCAAAUAGAAACUUCUAAGAAGCCAGUUUUUCGAUCUGGACUAAGUGAGGAAGAAAUAAUGAACGAAGAUGCAGAUGACCCUGAAGAUCCUGAUGAAGGUGGUAUGCCAGCACCGCAGGUUAAAAUCGGGCCUGACGGAGAGCUGAUUCUAGACGAGCAGAGUCUUGUUAUUGAAAGAACAUCAGUAAUUAAACAGCGCGAAGCAUUAGCUCGAACCGAUGCAGUUAUUGACGACAACAUCUACGGCAGCGGGUUCUACAAGCAGCGUGCAAGAAUGAAAGAAUGGCCAAAGUGGGAGACAAUAAAAUUUUACAAAGCUUUGAAUGCUAUUGGGACAGAUUUUUCACUGAUGAAAUCUCUGUUUCCCAAGCGUACACGCAGUGACCUAAAACGCAAGUACAAAAAAGAGGAGAAGGCAAACGGAAGAUUGGUAUCGAAAGCUCUCAAGUCUGGCGUUAACUUUGAUUUUGAUCUGCUUAAAGAAGAGCUGGAGACUUUUGAACAGAUGGAAUCUAACAAAAAGCGCGUGGAAAAAAACGCACCAGCCAAAGAGAAGAAAGCAAAGCGUAGAAUAGCUGUUACUAGUUUAGGUCUCGCCGCGUUGGACCACGAAGAUGAAAAACUCAAGCAGGACCCGAACCAGAUUAAGAAAAAACGAUCCGCUAAACCUCCGAAGCCAGAGAAAGAGCAGCUACCAACCAAGAGAAAGAAGAAAUUAAAACGCUUGAGAUCGGUAUCUGUUCACUCGGACGAAGAUUCUGCAGACGCUGGCAGCGAAAGUGACACUGAAAUCUACAGACCACGUCCAACUCGCUCUGGACGAGUUCCCAGACCUAAAAAAUUCAGGAUCAAUUCUAAGCACAUUCUGGAUAAUAUUCUGGGUGAUAAAACUCCCACAGAAGACGCAGACACGCUUGGUGCUGAUUCAGCGCCUGGGUCUAAAAUUCUUUCGCUGGAACGCGAUGAAAAUUCUACCACCGACAUCGACAACAUGGAACCCGGGUCUCUUGUUAUUGUUUCUAAAGAAUCAGCUGACGAGCCUGGGAAAACAGAGGUCCAAGUUUACAUGGUUAAAUCUACAAACGACGCUCAAAAUAAUUCAGGCUCGAAGCCUGAUUUUGACACUGAUAUGAUUUCGUCGGUGGUUACUAAAAAUCUUAUCGCUUCUCACCGAGAUGAUUUAGAUAUUGACUGAAAAAUAGUCUAUAAGUUUUUAUCGAUACAAUUUUAUUAUUGAUAUGAAAUUUUAUUUUAUAUAAAAUUAGAUUAAGUUUUUAUUUUAUUAUUUAUAUUAAGAAUAAAUAAUUUAUCAAUUUUCUUUGCUAAUUAUUGAUGAAACUGCCGCGUUUAUUGUCCAUAUUGAUAACUGCAACAAAAAAUUUAUUAAUUAUUAAAAUUAGUAAUAGUUAUUGUUUUUUGUAAGUGAUUGUUUAAUUUUUAAUAAAAAACUACCUCGAUCCAUAAAACGAUCAGAUAUGCGUGAUCCAUAAAUCCACCAAGCUCCGUAGAUCAUUAUAAUAAUACAAACAAAUGUACAUAUAAAUAAUUU